AUGAGCGAGAGGAGAGUAGCAAUGGACUUGCCCUCGGGAACCAACGCCAACAUCCCCCUGCAAAGGCACAGGGUGUCAUCCCUUAGGGGAACACGAUCUCCUUCCUCCCUGGAUAGCCCCCCAGCAUCCAGGACCAGUGCUGUAGGUAGCCUUGUCCGUGCCCCUGGGGUCUAUGUAGGAGUAGCACCCAGUGGUGGCAUAGGUGGCCUCGGUGCCCGAGUGACCCGCCGCGCCCUGGGCAUCAGCAGUGUCUUCCUGCAGGGCCUGCGGAGUUCAGGCCUUGCCACUGCACCUGCUCCAGGCCCAGAAAGGAAUCACGCCACUGCUGAGGACCUGGGGGGCUGCCUAGUGGAGUAUAUGACCAAGGUGCACGCUCUGGAACAAGUCAGCCAGGAGCUGGAAACACAACUACGGGCUCACCUAGAGAGCAAGGCCAAGCGCUCCGGAGGCUGGGAUGCCCUCCGUGCCUCCUGGGCCAGCAGCUACCAGCAGGUGGGAGAGGCCGUCUUGGAAAAUGCCCGACUCAUGCUGCAGAUGGAGACCAUCCAGGCCGGUGCGGAUGACUUUAAAGAGAGAUAUGAGAACGAGCAGCCAUUCAGGAAGGCGGCGGAAGAGGAAGUCAGCUCCCUGUACAAAGUCAUCGAUGAAGCUAAUUUGACGAAGACGGAUCUGGAGCAUCAAAUCGAAAGCCUGAAAGAAGAACUGGGCUCUCUGUCAAGAAGCUAUGAAGAGGAUGUGAAGGUUCUGUACAAACAGCUGGCAGGGUCUGAGCUGGAGCAAACAGAUGUUCCCAUGGGCACUGGUCUGGAUGAUGUCCUUGAGACGAUCCGAGUUCAGUGGGAGAGAGACGUGGAAAAGAACCGAGCAGAAGCAGGAGCUAUGCUCCAAGCUAAGCAGCAGACAGAGGUGGUCCAUGUAUCCCAGACCCAAGAAGAAAAGCUGGCCGCUGCCCUCAGUGUAGAGUUACACGACACUUCACGCCAAGUCCAGAGUCUCCAGGCUGAGACAGAAUCUUUACGGGCUCUGAAACGAGGCCUGGAAAACACCUUGCACGAUGCCAAGCACUGGCAUGACAUGGAACUGCAGAACCUGGGUGCCGUGGUGGGCAGGCUGGAGGCAGAGCUGGCAGAGAUCCACUCAGAGACAGAGCAGCAACAGCAGGAGCGGGCACACCUGCUGGCGUGCAAGGGCCAGCUACAGAAGGAUGUGGCAUCCUACCACGCCCUGCUGGACAGAGAGGAGAGCAAGGCCCACGAGAUGGUUCAGCUGAUAAUGGAGCUUGCUGCCAAGAUUAACAACCUGAGUUCGAGCCCUGGGAUCUAUGUGGUAAAAGGAGAAAAAUUCCUCCGACACUGCUUUGGAUUAUAUACAGCUGUGCACUUCUCUUUGGAAUACCAGAAAAUGGAUCAGGAGACGCAUGAAAACACGCCUGAGGUGCUCGUGGAUGGGAGGAGCAUUGUGUGCACAGUCUGCUUCUUAAACGGCUUCAGUGGGGAAGAGAAGGCAAAUACAAAGUAUGGGAAUGCAAAUGUGAACCAGAACCUGAACCAGAACCGGAACCGGAACCGGAACCAGAACCGGAACCAGAACCGGAACCAGAACCGGAACCGGAACCGCUGCAGCCACUAA